UAUAUACGACUGAAGCGUCAAUUUUGUUCCGAAAUCAAUUUGACAGGUUUAUCAAGUUAUACCUUACACCGCUCGUAAGUAAUAGUGGAACACAAUUGACAUAAAUGCAUCUCAUGAGAUAAGAUUGUUUAAAUAGUUUCAAGUUGCAAGUUGCAAGUAAAUAUUACAUAAAUAAUAACAACUACUUAUCUGGUUGGUUGUGUAGAAAAAAGCGCCAAAGUGGAAAUUGUUUUGAAAUUGGAAUAAAUGAUUCUAAGAAGAUUAUUUAUUUUGACAAAUAGACAGUGUUUGCAUAGAAGAAUUCAUAAUCAUGCGACUAUUUGUGAAACGAACAAUGCAAAGAAUGUUGGCAAACAGAUCAAAAUUCAGGGAUGGGUGAAGGCCGUAAGAAAAAUGAAAGAAAACAUUUUCCUGGACGUUGUUGAUGGCACGACCUGUCAACCCCUUCAGGUUGUUCUUAAAAAAAAUCAAAAGCCCGAAAACCUGGGCUAUGGCUGCAGCAUCGCCGCAGACGGUGAAAUUUCUCAAGCUCCAAACGGAAGAGCGGAGCUACAGGUAGAAAGCCUCACUGUUAUUGGUGGUUGCGAACUCGAAGGCUACCCUUUCUUGCCAAGAAAACAAUAUUCUACAGAUUACAUUCGCAAGUACUUGCACAUGAGGCCCAGGACAAGAAAAUUUUCCAGCAUACUAAGACUCAGAGAUGCCACAGAUAGUAUAAUUAGAGAUCACUUUAGAAAUCGCGGCUUUGUACACAUACACACUCCAAUCUUAACAUCCAAUGACUGUGAGGGAGCUGGAGAAAAUUUUUAUGUACAGCCUUAUUCCACGGAGCUUUUGCAGGAAAUGAAAAAAGAUAGAAUAGAUGAUGAAAGAGAAAUAUACUUUGAUACAAAAGCAUUUUUGACAGUGUCCGGACAGUUACAGCUUGAGGCUUGUGCUAGGUCGUUAUCCAGGGUGUACAACUUUAGUCCAGCGUUUAGAGCAGAGAACGCAAAAUCUAGAUUACACCUUUCAGAGUUUUACAUGAUCGAAGCGGAAAUUGCAUUCAUGUCCUCUUUGGAAGAACUUGCAGCUGAAGUAGAACUUCUAGUCAAAUCUGUGACCGCGAAUCUCUUAGAGAAAGGAUCUUCAGAUCUUAAAACAAUUCAAGCACCGGAGCCAACUUGGUUGGGAAAAAAUUUUGGCUUCAUAACUUAUCAGGAAGCAGUAAAUAUUUUAGAAAAAAAUGCCGACAAGUUGAGUAUUCCAAUAAAAAAUGAAGGUCUGGCCAAAGAACACGAACUAUUUUUAGUUCAGCAUUUCGGCGAUGUUCCAGUCUUUGUUGUAGAAUGGCCAACCAAUAGUAAACCAUUUUACAUGAAACAAUGUGAAGACGACUACACAAAGGUAAAAGCUCUAGAUCUUGUAGCACCAACAGUUGGAGAAUUGGUAGGUGGUAGCGUGAGGGAAGAUAAUUACGAAAAAUUAAAACUAAAAUUGCCAGCCAAUUCGGGUUUAGACUGGUAUCUUGAUCUGAGAAAAUACGGAAACGUCCCAACUGCAGGCUUUGGAUUAGGAUUCGAAAGAUUUCUGCAAAUGGUUACAGGAGUAUCCAACAUCAAAGAUGUCAUACCUUUUCCUAGAUGGCCACACAAUUGCAGUUUGUAA